AUGGCCUUCCAAGCACAGCAUGCUCCCGCACAAGGAGGCUACUAUCCCCCUCCUCCCGGCCAGGGCGGAUAUCAACAACCACCGCAACAGCAGCAACAUCAGCAGCAGCAGCAGCAAGCGCCGUAUAGCUACCCUCCUCCACCUCAAGGCGGCGCCGCCCACUACCCACCACCACCGCCAAAUGCUGGAUCGCCUCCUCCUCUGGUAGCCCAAACACCGCCGAUGCAGGUCGAGAGUAAUAUGCCUGGCGCCCCGCCCUCCGGCCAGUUCGUUGGCACGCAAGCUACCACUGCAGACGAUGUUGGCACAUUUAACGGCGGUAGCUACCGUAUCAGCCAUCGAGACACCAACUCGGUUCUCACAAUCCAGCUAGCGAUGGGCUGCCCAUUGACUGCAAAGCCAGGUGCCAUGAUUGCGAUGUCUCCCACCGUAUCGCUGAAGGGAUCUGUGAAGUUUUCUAUGAAAAAGAUGCUUGCUGGCGGCGAAAUGUCCUCAUCAACGUAUACCGGGCCUGGUGAAUUACUGCUAGCGCCCACCAUGCUUGGUGAUAUCUCCCUCCUUAAACUCAAUGGACAGGAGCAGUGGUCCGUUGGUAAAGAUGCGUUCCUUGCAUGUACACAGGGGAUAGUCAAGGACUAUAAAAACCAGGGCCUGAGCAAGGCCUUUUUCUCCGGGGAAGGUCUGUUCGUCUAUAAGAUCAGCGGGACUGGUAUCCUGUUCAUUCAGAGUUUUGGUGCGAUCAUAAGGAAAGACUUGAUGGAUGGUGAGAAAUAUAUCGUCGACAACGGUCACCUCGUCGCGUGGAACUCCAAGUAUGUCAUGGAGCGCGUCGCCUCUGGUGGUAUGCUAUCGAAUCUUAGUGCCGGCGAAGGCCUCGUCUGCAAGUUCACUGGCCCGGGAACAAUCUACUUGCAGACAAGAAAUCCUGCUGCAUUUGCAACCUGGAUGCUUGCACACGGAGGAGCCGCAGCCUAA